GGACGUGGAGGGAAACAUUCGAAAAUUCCUCGAUCCGAUUCUUCGGUACCUCAUGAGUAUGCGAGACUGCACAAUGUCUCGCCACAUGGUUGCUGUCAUCGUACGCUCGAAGGAGGACGAUUCUACUUCUGUUCAUGUCGUCGUUCAGUUCAGGCUGGGCUUCUCCGCAGUCUGUCGGUAUCUGACCACAUCACCUCGACGGAUUCGUGAUGAAACUCCGUGGUCGAUGGAACGAGGGCAGAAGUAGAAGAAUCAUCAGAGAGGAUAGGUCUCUCCUGAUUGAGCGGCUCGGUGUCGAGACCAUUUAGAGGUUCGGGAUUUCUCCUGGGCUUGCGACUGAUUCUGUUCCAUGCCAGAAUUAGAUUGUCUUCCCUGGCGAUAAGCGAGAGGAAGAGGACAUAGUCAUAGUCAUCUGCCUGCUCUGCUCUCAUAGUCAUCUGCCUGAUUCAAUUUGGACAUUGACGAUGGACGCACUUGUUGCCUUGCUUGAUUAUUACUCCGCCAGUAGCACCCCGGAAUGUGAAACGGCCCCAAUUCGAUCGGCAUGUAAUGUCGAGGAACAAUCGCCUGAUUGCCUGCUUUCAUGCAACCAAAGCUGGCACGGGCGGGCGUGCGACCCAAUUUGCUCUUUGACCACCUCUCCCUUGACUGAUUGCCGACCUUUCACGAAGACUGGUUCCGUUUCCGAGCUUGAUGCCAGCAGCGGGUACGGAACAGCGGGAGAUUGAGCAUGAAUUGUGACGACGCUCAUCAAUCACAAGCUUGCUCGAGCGUGGUCAAAUCGUACGGAAUUGAUUUCGAGGGACUGCCAUCAUUCGAAAGCUCGAGGAAUUUGCUGUCAAAUUGUACGGAUUUCAUGUCGCUGCGUGCGACAGCCACUGAAAGCUCUUCUUCACCUGCCGGUGAGUGGGCACAUCGGUGUGACUGUGACUCUCUCCCUCCCUCCAUUCGUGUGAGAGUCACGCGGGUGUUAUGCGAUCGAUCUGAUUUCCUCCAUGUCCUUCCGCUCGCUCGCUCUGUGUGUGAGUGACAUUCGCGCUCUGCACAUGGAUGAUGAUGAGAAUCAUGAUGAUCCUGAUGCGUGUACAUCAAGCUCCGAAUUGGCCCCGUGCAUAUUAACCUCAGAGCCCGGAAUGGACGACGCUCACAAUUGGGAUGAGCUUCGUUCGUUCUUCAAUUCGGGAAGUUCUGCAGCACUUCCCACUCUUCUUCUUUGGGAGUAUGAGCUCGAGCUCCGGAAUCGAGAGAAAGAUUGUCGUUUGACGAAGAUCACUGGGUUCAGUUGUAGGAGUAGAUGCUCAGCUUUGAGCUCUAAUCCACUGGGAAUCCACUCCCCGAGCUCUGCUUCUGCAUUUCAGGGCACUCGUUCGUAGGUUGGAAUCAGGGCCACGAUGAAAUUGUGUCGUGCAUCGAAUCUGGUUCUCUGUAUUUUGAUGUCCUUAGAAAUGUGGCUGCACUCGGGUGCAGUCUCUCUGCCUCUCUCUGUCUCCUCUCGAUGGAUUGUGGAUGCGUCUGAGACGAGGGUGAAGCUCGCUUGUGUGAGCUGGGCCGCGCACUUGGAGACCAUGGUGCCCGAGGGUCUCGACAAGCAGCCUCUUGCCACAAUCACGGGGCUCAUUGCUUCAUCGGGAUUCAACUGCGUUCGUCUCACUUACGCGACGUACAUGUUCACGAGGCAAGCUCUGGGUGGGCAGACUGUUGUCGAGUCGCUGGAGUCCUGGGACCUGGAUAUGGCCGCCAAGGGAGUCAUUGCUCACAAUCCGGGUCUCGCUCACUUGAGCGUCGUGGAAGCUUACAGAGAAGUCGUGAAGGGCAUUGCAGCGAAGAAUCUGAUGAUCGUCCUCGACAAUCAUAUGAGCUCCCCGGGCUGGUGCUGCUCCGAUGAUGAUGGAAAUGGCUUCUGGGAAGACAGGUUCUUCGAUCCCGAGGAGUGGCUGAGAGGCUUGCAGAUCGUUGCAGACCUCGCUCUCGAUUGCACGAACGUCGUGGGGCUGGGUCUCCGCAACGAGCCUCGAGGACCUCGUCAAAAUGCAGCAGCCUGGCGCAAAUAUAUGGCGGAGGGCGCUGAGAUUGUUCAUGGGCUGAAUCCGAACGUGCUGAUUUUCAUGUCCGGACUGAGCUAUGCCUCUGACCUCACUUUCCUCUACUGGGAGCCACUGGCAUUCAAGAACCAGUUUCUGCGCAGCAAGCUCGUUUAUGAGGUGCACUGGUAUGCGUGGUCCUCUGGAACAGGGUACAGCAAUGGCAAUCCGAAUACGAAUUGCGCUGCUGACAUCGGCAGGUUCAUGAACGAGACGGGAUUCCUUGUUGCUUCCAAUCACGCCUACACCUCACCUCUAGUGGUAUCGGAGUUCGGUAUGUAUCUGAACGGGGAAAGUCCCGGAGACGAUCGCUUCAUGGACUGCUACUUUGCACUGGCUUCAAAACUGGAUCUGGACUGGGUUUUAUGGGCCCUCCAAGGAAGCUACUACCGCAAAGAUGGGCAGGCAGACUACGAAGAGGUUUAUGGUCUGCUAACAAGGACUUGGGAUAGAGUCCGUAAUCCCAGCUUCCUGCAAAGACUACGGGGUUUGCAAUAUCCUCUACCAGGACCAUCGAGCGGUGACGGAACUGUAUAUCGUGCUCUAUUCCAUCCUGCCACAGGCUUGUGUGUCUCUCCAGAUUCUGAUUCUGGUCUGCUGCUUUCGCCAUGUUCGAGUAGCUCUAGCGUGUGGGCCUACGACUCGAGUGCGGAUACGAUGCUCAAGCUGAAGGGGUCUAGCGCUGUAGUCAAAGCUACUGCAGAAGGCAGUGUUGCAAAGCUUGGGAGCGGGGUAGAUUGUGAGGGAUGUCACUGGACUUUAGUCGGUGACACCAGACUCCAGUUUACAGUGUAUGCGGGAGGCCGAAGCUUGUGUCUGGAUGGAAAAUCUGGUUCUGCUAUCACCACCCGAGACUGCCUCUGUGUGAGUCGAUAUGAGUGCGAAGGAAACCAAGUGGUACCAACGAGUCAAUGGUUUCAGUUCAUCGAGGCCCUGAGUCCUCUUGGCCCGAUGAGAACGUGACCAACGCCUGGAGAGUCUUGAACCUUGUCUGACAGAGGACUUACAGGAGUCGUGCCACUCAAAUCUGGUCUCCUGGAUGUAUGCCCUGGACAUGGUUAGGAAUUCCAAAGAAUCUCAGAGAAUGUCCGAAGAUCAGGACUGACUCCCAAUCUGCUCAGCUCCCAGGCCAUGUUGGCCACUCUGUAAUAUACUCUCAGGAGCUGAAUCAGAAUAGUCAGAAUAGUCCAGUCAAAAUAGUCAGAUUGCCCAGCUUAGAGAGGGCUGACUGAUAAUGAAU